AUGGAGUCUAUCACCGACCUCAACCGCCGCACCUCCCGCCUCCUUCGCUUGCCCGGCGAGAUCCGGAACCAGAUCUUCGGCUAUCUCUUGGACAGCACCGACCUCAUCAGUAUAGAUGAUAAAAGACGAAACGGAUACGGCAGAAAUUACUGGACGGGCCUGGAAAUUCACUUCUCCGAAAUUCUUGCCAUGACGAUGGUCUGCCGACAACUGCGCGAAGAAACACAACGUCGCCUCUUCCAAAACAGCAAGCUCUUCACGAGGUGCUCUGGCGACGCUCUUGUAACAAUGCCAGCGAGCAUAAGCGCUCUCAUCACAAAACUGCACGUUGAUCUUGGAUGGUACCAUCGUAUCCAGCGGCACACCGGGGAAAGCUUUUGGGACAGGUGGACAGAACUGGAGCAAUUGCCAAGACUGGAAAAGAUGGUUGUAGUCCAGCGCUCGGCUGAUUGUGAGCGACCCUUACUGCCAAUGAUCAACAUGUUCCGGUGGGAGGUGAAACAGAAGGACAACAUGGGCAAAUCUGGAGUUUGGGCGACAUAUGCCUGGAAUAUUAGGAAGGAAUAUCUUCAUGCGGAGAACUUUUACCUCCAUGAACAGCGUCUCUACGAAGCCGGAGGCGUGCGUGACUGA